AUGAUUGCCGUUUUUUGGCUGAUCACCGCCAAGGAUAAUGCCUCCUUUUCCGACGCCCUCAAACUGAUGGGCUGGUGGCCCAUCGGCAUGUCGGAGAUCAUGCGUAGUUUCCUCCUGACGGCCGUUCUGUUUACCGGCCCACUGUUCGAACGAGGCAUUGCCGAAGGCGAGUGGAAGGACUGGAUCCGCGGAAGCAGAGUGUCAGAGACGCUUCGUGGCUGGAUUGGUUGGAGAAACUAUGUCGCCGGUCCUAUCACGGAGGAGAUCAUGUUCCGUUCAGCCAUUGUACCUCUCCAUCUUCUCGCCAAGAUCUCCCCAGGCCGCAUUGUAUUUGUGGCUCCGCUCUACUUUGGAAUUGCUCAUGUCCACCACUUUUACGAGUUUCGUCUGACACACCCGGACACCUCGGUCCUCGCGGCCUUGUUCCGGUCCCUCUUCCAGUUCAGCUACACCACCAUCUUCGGUUGGUACGCCACAUUUAUCUAUCUUCGGACAGGCUCACUCCCCGCCGCCAUCCUGGCCCAUACCUUCUGUAAUUGGUGCGGACUCCCCCGUCUCUGGGGACGAGUCGAGGGCAGUGUUCCCAUAGGCCCUCCGUUGGCCAAAGGAAAAGAAGAUUCGGAGCGAACUCCGAUGUAUGCAUACACUCAAUUGUCCAUCGGUUGGAGUGUCGCAUACUACACGCUCCUCGUGGCAGGAGCCGUUGCCUUUUAUUAUGCCCUGUGGCCUCUGACAGACUCUCCCCGUGCGUUGGCUAGUUUUACAACCAAGUAG